AUUUAAUGGUCUUUCUCAAACUCAUAUUACAUACAACCAUUGCUAUCAUACUCAUGAGUUGCCCAAUAUCAAUAUGCUCCUACUACUUAUAUGAUUAAAUGUAAACAGACUAAUCAAAAGUAAAAAUUGCAUUAAAUGUAGACAGCUUAUGCAUUAAAAAUACCUUUGACUUAUUUCGUAUUGUAUCAUUUAGGAGUAAUUUAUAUAUGGGUUACUUUGAUUUGGCAUGCAUAUUUAGGAACUGGAGAUAAUUUAAGAAACUUACUUAUCAACAUCUGGCAAAAUCAUUACAAAGUCUCAUACCCCAUAAUUCUAUUUAAUGAAGUAGUUGUUUUAUAUAACUUAAUUAGAUCUUUAGUUUUGUUAUUGCUCUAUACGGAACCUUUGACACGAACCUAUAAAAGUACACAGCUACCCAAUUAUUGUAUUACGCAUCAGCUUUUUUUGUUUGCAAUCACGUCUAUUCCUUCUAUUCAAGAAACAUUGUCAGAAGAAACGAUGUAAAUUAGCUACCUAAUUGUGACAAAAGGUUAUUUCAAUCAUACGAAUAUCUCUUUUACUUUUAAACACUGAUCAUAUUCGUUUGUAAAUUGUCAUAUUAAUUCAAUAGGCUUUUAUUAUUCUAUAAAAUUUGAUAAUUUACAAAAAGAGAUAAAACCUAUUAUAAAGUUUCUCAUCAACUAGUUAAUGUUCCAUGUAUUUGAGAUUACUAAGAUUUAUUUUGUAAUAAAUCUAUUUGUUUUGAUUCAAUUCCUCUAAGUUAUAAUAGAUGGUAUCUAAUUAGUUAUUGAUUAUCAAUAAAUUUCAUACUUAAUUGCUUGCUUAACAGUAGCAAGUAUAAUAAUAGCCUUCAUCUAUAACCUUCAUAUAUUAGUAAAAUAUACAUAUUAUCGAGGGCCAAUAUUAUUUAUAACUAAGAAAUUGUAGAGAUGGAAGAUUCUUCAAUGACAACCCACAGGUUUAAGUCACUAAUUUGAGAGAGGAAGAUUUAGAGAAACUAGAAGUUAAAUCCUUUAAUUCCCAAUUAGAAGUGCAACAAAAAAGAAACCAAGCUGUAGAUUUAGCCCAAUUAGAAGAAUAAAAUAAUAAUACCAUCUAAUGUCCCAUUUGCGGUGAUGAUAUACAAAAAAAAUAGAAAAUUAUAUUACUAGAAUGUUAACAUAUAUUUCAUUCAGAUUGUUUAAUCAGAUGGCUUAAAAUUAAAAAUUCUUGCCCUUACUGUAGGAGAUCAGCAGUAAAAUGUUAAUAAUGA